AUGGGCGAGCAGAGAGCUCCUGAAAAGGAUCUAAACAAGACCGGAGAGCUGGUGACCGAGAAAGUUCUAGGGAUGUGGUGGAAUACGAUCAAUGACACGUUAACGUUCAAAAUCCCGAACCGAUGCAGACAGGAGCUGUUAUCCGGAGAGCAAGUUCCCACGAAGCGGGAAGUUCUGCGGAUUCUCAUGUCAGUCUACGACCCGCUAGGACUUCUUGCCAACGUAUUGAUGUACCUGAAGGUUUUGCUGCAAGAGAUCUGGCGCUCUAAUAUUGGUUGGGACGAGCCGAUACCCGACCAGCAGCUGGAAAAGUGGAGAACAUGGCUCAGUGUAUUGAACAAGGUGAAUACAGUUUCCGUUCCUCGGUGCUAUCGCACGAUGACAACUUCGUCCAGUGAGUUCAACGAAAUUCAACUACACGUCUUCGUAGACGCGAGCGAGAAUGGCUACGCUGCGGUUGCUUACUUCCGUUUCGAAGAGGACAGCACAGUUGAGUGCGCCUUCGUUGAAGCGAAAACUCGGGUCGCUCCUUUAAAAUAUGUCUCGAUACCUCGAUUAGAGCUACAAGCAGCGGUGAUCGGAACCCGGCUGGCGAAGUCUAUAGGAGAAACCCAUCGCAUUGGAAUCCGAAAACGGUUCUUCUGGACCGACUCAAGGGACGUGCUCUGCUGGUUACGAUCCGAUCACAGGAGGUACAGCAAAUUCGUCGGUGCUAGAGUUGGCGAAAUUUUGGAAAGCACUGAACAGGCAGAGUGGCUCUGGGUACCAACAAAGCAGAACGUGGCCGAUGAUGGCACUAAGUGGCAGCGGACUCCCGACCUAUCACCAUCAAGCCGCUGGUUCAAGGGACCAGCAUUUCUGUGGGAACAGCGGAGCGCUUGGCCUGUUCAGCCGGCAAACCAUGGAGAAACCACCUCCGAAAUGAAAGUUUCGGUCAACGUCCACGUGGCCGGCGAACCCGUUCUUAACUUCGCUAAAUACUCCAACUGGCGUAAACUUCUACGGGUCUCCGCGUACGUUCUCAGAUUCAUGAAAAACCUUCGAGCUAGACUACAGCGUCAACCACCAUCUACCGGAAUCCUCAAUCAAUCGGAGCUAUUUGAAGCGGAAUGUUGCAUUUACCGACAAGCCCAGCUAGACACGUUUGGUGAGGAAGUAUCGUCGCUGAUCUGUCACAAGGAGGCAAGCGAGAAGAAGGUGAUUCCUAUUCUUAAAAGUAGUUCACUCUACAAACUUUCGCCGUUCCUUGAUGACUACGGAGUACUUCGUAUGCAAGGAAGAACUGCUGCCUGUCAAUUCAUCGAUUCAGAUGCUGCCCAUCCUAUCGUGCUGCCAAAGAAGCAUCCGGUUACGACACUCGUCGUACAAUUUGUCCACCAACGCUAUCACCAUCUCAACCAUGAAAGCAUCGUCAACGAACUACGACAAAAGUAUCGGAUCCCGCAGCUACGAAGUGUGUGCAACAAAAUCCGUCGACAGUGUCAGUUCUGCAAGAACGCCCGAGCUCAACCGCAGCCGCCGAUCAUGGCUGAUCUUCCAUCGGCUCGUCUAGCAGCUUAUUUCCGACCGUUCUCUUAUGUCGGGAUCGACUACUUCGGACCAAUGCAAGUCGUCGUUGGUAGACGAACUGAAAAGAGGUGGGGCGUGCUGAUUACAUGCCUAGUGGUACGUGCCAUCCACAUUGAAAUUGCACAUUAUCUCAACACUAGCUCCUGCAUCAUGGCAAUACGGAACUUCGUGGCCAGACGAGGCUCUCCUUUGGAAUUCUUCAGCGACAGGGGAACGAAUUUCGUCAGUGCCAAGCGGGAACUUACCGAAGCGUUCCGGUCUCUCGAUCAAAAUAAGCUUAUGCAGGAAUUCGUGACACCAGUUACCAAGUGGACCUUCUUGCCUCCGAGCAGUCCGCACAUGGGUGGAAGCUGGGAGAGACUGGUGCAGUCAGUGAAAAAAGUUUUGAAUAACAUGCAGCUUCCAAGAUCUCCCACCGACGAAGUCCUUCGGAACAGCUUGCUGGAGGUGGAAAAUAUUAUUAAUUCGCAACCCCUCACAUACGUGCCUAUUGAAGACGGUGAAAACGAAGCUCUAACUCCCAAUCAUUUCUUGUUGGGUUCGUCCAAUGGUUCGAAACCUCUCGUGCCAUACAACGACAGCAUCGCUACGCUAACCAACACUUGGAAAACUUCUCAAAUCUACGCCAACCACUUUUGGAAAAGAUGGUUACGGGAGUACCUGCCGUCAAUAUGCCGUCGGAUAAAAUGGCAUUAUCCGGUGAAACCAAUCCAGAUCGACGACGUUGUGAUAAUCGUGGAUCCGGAUUUACCACGAAACUCGUGGCCAAAAGGACGCGUUGUAGACGUCAAAUGUAAGGACGGACAAGUACGAAGCGCAACGGUGAAGACUACACUCAACGUAUACGAACGACCUGUGGUAAAACUUGCAGUUCUGGACGUCGGCGCAAAUUCGAGUAAGCAGGAACCAGGACCCUGCGUACUGGGGGGGAGUGUUACGGAAUAUGCGAACGCGCCUCCGCUCUCAGCAGAACCCCAUCGGAACACACCGCCACUGGUACGAUUCGGUGGAAUGGAGAGCCGUCAAAAAGCGAAGAAUAUACAACACCAGCAGAAGUGA